CGAAACGCUUUUUCAGUUUCGUUUUCAACGUGCGCGCGCCAACACACAACCCGAGAACAAAUUUGAAAACUUCGAAAAGCCCCCGCAGAACAGCGAGUAUCCAAACAACCCCACCUUCUAACCGAUAUCCCUCCCAGUCAAAUACCACCGGAAGCAACCCAAACGCCAAGAUGUCGCACUCAGUGACCAUUACACGUACCACCACCAGCACCACCAACACCUCGUACAUCGUGCUGAACACGGGCUACCUCAAGUCCUUUCCGGGAAUCCUCAAGCUCUUUGAGCUGAUCAUUGGCGCUGCCAUUGUGGGCAUUAUGGCCUACAACUAUCAGGGAUACCGCAACUACUUUUACUCGGGACAGCAGGAUCUGUUCCACUUUCUGAUGGCCACCACGUUUAUGAUAGGAACAUUCUGCCUACUGCUCGCCUGCCUCACCUCCCUCAGCACGGGGGGCAUCAUCGCCAAGACGAUUUACGAGCUGAUCUACCACAGCGUCGCUGCCAUACUGAUUCUGGCCUCGUCCAUCUGCCUGCUGAUCCGUCUGCGCGAUGUAAAGCACGACGGCUACAUGGUGGCCGGUGUCCUGGGCCUGGUCAAUGCCGUUCUGUACUUCAUCAGUGCCUUUUUGGCACAUCGGUCCUACCGCGGCAUCUAAGUGCCAGCAGCGUCCAGUCCGCCCGCAGUCCCCCACUACCCCACUACCCCACCAACUCACAAACUCAAAACCCCCUCCCCCUCCCCCACCCCCACUUCAGCGAGUGUUCAAGUAGUAAUCGAAUCUGUAAUCUCGAAGCAUUUGUACGGCAUCGCCGCUUCCCACAUGCCAUAUAAACGAGUCCGUGAGCGAGUACGAGUUCGAGUAGCAUCCUUCUAUAUAGGAGACGCCGAUAGAGGAGGAGAGAGAGAUAGAUAGAGGCAGGAGCGAGAGCGAGAGCGCGAACGAGAGACGGAUUCUUUGUUGUACUGUGAAACGUUUUUUGGCGCUCAUUACACUUACUUAUACUGACAUACAUAUAUAUACAACUUUUUUUUGUCUCACUUUCUUUUAUACCAAACAACUUGUCAUUUAUUGUAUUCGAAUAAAGAUGUGUGUCUAUAUGUUUUUCUACAAAUCA